CGCUUCGAUACUUGUCCGUUUACCAUGUCUGUCAGCGACGUUGAUAAGCAGCUCUGGCUGGCUUACUGCAAGGUGGUACAGAACGCCGUUGGUGGCCUCCCUGGACACAAGCCAGCCUUGUUCUUCACCAAGCAGGCCCAGAAGGCGCCGGUCGCAUCGCAGACGAUCGACCCCUCGUAUACCAACUUUGGCAUCAAUGCCAUUAUUAACAAUCUCUUGCAGACCAAUGAUCUGUUCUUUGACCCUUCGCACCACAAGACAUAUGUCCACUGUCUGCUUGAGUAUCUUUUAUCUGUCAAAGUCGGCGAUGAUAACCCAGCCAUGCAAGCCCGGAUAGAAAUGGCGGGCAAAGACUUUACCACCGCCCUCGACAAGGCUCUCGCCGAGCGCGACCGAGCUCUAGACGAUUUCGAACAACAGGAAGGCUAUGGCAUGACGGGCGAGAUGGACUUUUCCCAGUGGUGGCCAUCCAACGCCCCUGCAUAUGCAGCUGCUAAGCAGACGGUCGAGGCCGCUGCCGCUGCCUACCAAGCUGCCCUUGGCCAGAUCGGCGGACCUGUAGCUAGUAUACUCGCCAAGGACUUUAAUCGAAUUGUCCAGGCUUUGAUCGGGGGUAACUCAGUUCCGGGUAUUACCAUGCCGGCCUGCCACGCUUCUCCCGAAAUAGUUCGAGGACUUCUAAACAAAGAUCGCACACCGCACGCCAUCACAUACGUCCCCGAGUUCAACUCGUACGAGUACACGUACCAGGUCGAGCACUGGCUCAAUGGCGUCGGCGACGGGGAUUCUUCCACCCGCAUCGACGUCUCGGACGGGCAGGCCGUCAACGAGUCCGAUUUUGGACAUGCGGCCACCGACGGCUUCUCUUAUGGUCCUUGGAUCUCGUUUUCGACUACCGAGGGGAGCUCUGAGGAAGUUGGUGUUUCUCAUGAGGGUGUGAAUGCAGAUAUUGGCCUGGAUGUUCAAUUCUCGUACGAUGAGAUUCAGACUGUUGCUAUCCGUGCUGGCGAUUGGAACGUCCCCAGCCCCGGACGACGAUACCAGCUCAAGAGCAACGCCUCGCAAGAGUCACGCAACCUCGCCUUCCCAGACUACCUAGUAGUCGUGCGCAAUCUCGGCUUCAAAGUCAGCGUCCUAGACUCCACGCUAGCGAGGCAGAUUGAUGAAAAGUUCGACCAGGCCAAGGAGGUGGGCGGCAUCGUGCGAGUGCUCGGCAUCCCGGCCACACCAGAUGGAAACCCGGAGCAGGCGACCGAGGGGGCUGCUCACUUUGCCGAGUGGGAUUCGGGCAGUGGCGUCCUCUCCAUCAAGCCUACUGCUGAUGCUGGAUUCGCCUCGGUGGUUGCGCUUGUUGGGGAGCUCAACAUCAGCUGACUCGUGGCCCGGCAUCGUUGACGUGCCGGAGUUUAGCGGGUGCAAGCAGGUGCAAUGGCAUAUUUCUGUCUGGUUUGAUUUCUUGUCAGCUAGGGAGUCGUAUAAUUGUCUAUACCAACAAGUCAAUACAGGUGAUAUUACAUACAAAAGGGGCAGUGCAUUCAGAUCGCAAUUCUCAUCAACUCCAGAGUACAUCAUUCAUCUCGUCAAACAGGUUUGCCGCCCAGAUCGGAUCAUACUCCCAUGAGCUUCGAAGUAUUCUCGCCCUUUCCCCAGCUUGAAUGGCGGUUUGGGCAUCUGGCAUCGCAGAAUCCUGCUGAGCACCGGCCAUAUUUGUGUCGGCCUCACCGUCCUGUGACUUGUCGUCCAAUUCGACAACCCUGGGGUUAUUGUCAAUAGACCCAGCUGAAGAGCCCGGCGAUGUCCCUAGCAUGGCCGAGGACAGGCUAUGAACAGGUCCAAGGUUCAACCGUUUUGUUGCCCCUUGAAGGAUAUAAGACGGAAGAUCCGCCUCGGUGGGCGGUUUGCCGGUGACUAGAGCAUAGUCGAGAGAUAGACGGAGGCGCAUAUAAAGACGCGUGACAAAUAUCUCAUCCCAGCGUCUCCCCAUCUUUUUGGAGCCAGAGCUUCCACUAUUUCCAUUCGGCCCCUUUCCUUGAUUACUCUGUCUUGGCUGGACAACCCGGAUUGGUAGCUGUAUCGGUGCUGAGUGCAGAAUCUGAGAAAUCAUUCUACUUAUGUCCUCUGCUCCUUCGAAUCGCUUGCUGCAUAGGUGCAUUGCUUGCGCAUGGUACUUGGUAAGGGACCGGUCAGAUUCAGUCUGUGCGUCGUCUGAUGAUAUCUUGUCGUCCAAGGAGCUGAGCAUGAGCGGGAAAGCAAUAUAUGCGAUGACAGAUAUGGGGAGAUGUUGUGUCAGGCCUUGUUUG